GUAGUUUUAAUAAUUGUUUAUUAUUUAUUAGUCAUAUGAACAGCGUGAGCAAAUACAUCGACGAAGGUGCCUCUUUAGUUCCUCCAUCACUUCAAUGGCAGUACUGGCCUUGAGGAUUUGAAACUUUGAUCCCUUCAACUUCAAAUAUAUAUACACUCCAUAUAUCUAUCGAUCUAUCUACCAUUUAAUCCACACUGCAGAUCUCCAUAUGGCUGAAGAUGGAUCGACCCCUUCUCUCUUCUCUCCUUACAAGAUGGGAAAGUUCAAUCUCUCUCACAGGGUUGUGCUGGCGCCGAUGACCAGAUGCAGAGCGCUUAACGGCAUUCCCAAUUCUGCCCUCGUGGAGCACUACACCCAGAGAGCCACCGACGGCGGGUUUCUCAUCACCGAGGGCACCAUAAUCUCCCCAACGGGGGCGGGGUUCCCGCACGUGCCGGGGAUUUUCAACAGGGAGCAAGUGGAGGCCUGGAAGAAAGUAGUGGACGCCGUCCACGCAAAGGGUUCUGUCAUUUUCUGUCAGCUUUGGCACGUGGGACGGGCAUCUCAUCCAGCACUUCAGCCCAGAGGAAUCGCACCCUUCUCCUGCACGGACAAGCCGAUAUCCAAGAGAUGGAGAGUGCUCCUGCCCAACGGAAUCUACGGAGUUUAUCCGCAGCCACGCAAAUUGGAGACCGACGAAAUCCCUCAACUGGUAGAAGACUAUCGCCAGGCUGCCGCAAACGCCAUUGAAGCAGGAUUCGAUGGUGUUGAGAUCCACGGAGCUCACGGUUACUUAAUCGAUCAAUUCCUCAAGGAUGGGAUCAACGCAAUGACAGGGGAGUACGGAGGCUCUCUAGGCAACCGCUGCAAAUUCAUAAUGGAUGUCGUCAGAGCCGUUGUCGCUGCAGUCGGCGCCGACCGAGUCGGCGUGAGGAUCUCCCCUGCAAUCGAUCAUCUCAACGCAUUGGACACGGAUCCACUCAGCCUCGGCCUAGCCGUGAUUCAGAGACUCAACAAGCUCCAGACCGAUUGCGGCUGCAAGCUCACCUACCUGCACAUGACUCAGCCACGGUACACCGCCUACGGCCAGACGGAAUCCGGCCAGACCGGGAGCGCGGAGGAGGAGGCGCAGUACAUGAAAGCAUGGCGCAGGGCAUAUCAGGGGACCUUCAUCUGCAGCGGCGGAUUCAAGAGGGAGAACGGGAUCGAGGCUGUGGCCAAUGGCGAGGCUGAUCUGGUUGCCUAUGGCCGGCUCUUUAUAUCGAAUCCCGAUUUACCGGUGAGGCUGAAGCUAAACCGCCCGCUGAAUAAGUAUGUCAGGGCGACGUUUUAUACGCACGACCCUGUCGUAGGAUAUACCGACUAUCCGUUCCUGAAAGAUGACGACAAGAACUCUGCACCCGUGUCUCGGCUCUAGUCGAAAAAUGGAAAAAAUUGUGUUGUUUACUAUAAGUGAUUGAUGCUGCAGCCAUAUAUACAUUUCAGUGUUCCUAUAUAUACAUACUAUGUUGUAUGAGCUAGUAAUCCUUGUAUAAGCAAGAUGUACGUACGUUGAAUUGCAUGCAUGGAAUGAACAAAUAAGUUAAUGUA